CAUAAAUAAGAGCCGGUGUUCAAAGUCUACAGUACGUCCCCUGACACCACCGUAACAUUAGGACGCAAUGCCCGAAAUAUCUCUCCAGUGACCCCAACACCAGCUGAAGACACCCAACACGAGUCACACGCAGAGCAUUACCGCCUGAGACGAUGGACAAAGUGGUGGAGAUUGAACACAUUGAUCUGGGGUGUGAGGUGAACAACACCAAUCACCACACGCUGUUGAACGGUGUGGACAGACUGAUCGUGAGGAGAGGACAGCCGUUCACCAUCACGCUUUACCUGCAACCAGGAACUCACUUUCAAAAUGGGGACAAUAUCAACUUCAUCACUCAAACAGGUCCCAUACCCUCAGUGGAUGCACAAACCAAAGCCAAAUUCAGCCUCAGUAAAUUCAUCUCCAGAUCAAACUGGAGCGCCACAGCAGAGACAUCUGACAGCACUGUAUCUCUGACCGUGUGCUCACACCCAAAUGCUCCUAUAGGGGUCUAUAAACUGAUCCUGGAUCAGGGAGAAGGAGUUAGUCUGGGAGAGUUUGUCCUGCUUUUUAACCCCUGGUGCAAACAGGACUCUGUGUAUCUGGCAAGUGAAGCUGAAAAGGAGGAAUUCGUCCUCUCUCAGGACGGCCUGAUCUACCGCGGUGUACCCAAACGUAUCACGGUCCUACCAUGGACUUUUGGACAGUUCGAGCCUGGCAUACUGGACAUCUCUUUGCAGAUUUUAGAUGAAAGUCCAAACUACAUAAGUGACGCAGCUUUGGAUUGUUCUGAGAGGAGAAACCCCAUUUAUGUGACUCGAGUCCUCAGUGCCAUGAUCAACAGUCUAGGUGAUAAAGGAGUUCUGGUGGGUAGCUGGUCAGGUGACUAUGAGGACAGCGUGAAGCCCACUGUAUGGAAAGACAGCUGCUCAAUUCUGCAUCAGUGGAGUAAUGACGGCUGCAGGGCGGUGCGUUACGGGCAGUGCUGGGUGUUCACAGCUGUUGCCUGCACAGUGUCCAGAGCUCUGGGAAUCCCAUGCAGAGUCGUCACUAACUUUGGAUCAGCACGUGACAGCAAUGGAGACCUAAUAAUGGAGCGUUUCUACAAUGAAUUUGAUGAGAACAUUGCUGACGACUCCAUAUGGAACUUCCAUGUUUGGGUGGAGAACUGGAUGACACGCCCAGACCUGGCGCUCGGGUACGAGGGUUGGCAAGCGAGCGACCCAACACCUCAGCACAGAAGUGAUGGCAUCUUUUGUUGUGGUCCAGCCUCUGUGAGAGCCAUUAAAGAGGGUGAGCUCACUUUCAAAUACGACGUCCCAUUCGUGUACGCCGAGGUGAACGCUGAUGUGGUGGAAUACAUCAAACUGAGAGAUGGAAGGGUGUUUAAGAUGGGCGGAUCCACUACGGAGGUUGGGAAAUCCAUCAGCACCAAAGCAGUGGGUCGAGAUGACAGAGAGGACAUUACGCACAACUACAAGUAUCCAGAGGGUUCUGAAGAGGAGAGAAGGGUUUAUGAGAAGGCAAAUCAUCACAACAAACUGGCACAGGCAGGAGAGGAACCUGGUUUACACAUCAGGAUUAAAGUGACUCCAGACAUGCAGAUCGGCUCUGAUUUUGACGUCUACGCUGAGCUCAAAAACAACACCAUGGUCACGAAGUCCUGUCGGGUCAUGUUCUAUGCCCAAGCAGUGUCUUACAAUGGCAAACUUGGAGAAACCUGUGGAUUGGGCGAGUUUACGGAGAUGAAUUUAGCUUCGACUGAAGGAGGUAAAGUAACUCUUCGACUGGAGUAUGCAGAGUACAGCAAAGCUAUAACUCAAGACAGGAUGAUCAAACUGGUGGCGUUACUCAUUGAUGCAGAGACACGAGAUUUCUACAGAGCAAAGAAGACCAUCGUACUGGAUGGUCCUGAAAUAAUCGUCAAUAUCCUGGGUGUCCCAAAAGUAGGCCGGAACCUGGUAGCAGAUAUAGCGCUACAGAACCCACUUCCGGAGCCCUUGGAAAACUGUGUGUUCACUAUACAUGGUGCCAACCUGACCGAGAGCAAACCUAUCACUCAUGAGGUUGGAACAGUUGGUCCUAAAGUGUUUGCCACUGCCAAAGUGGAGUUCACACCAAAGCUGCCAGGACAAAGAAAAAUACUGAUAGAUUUUGCCAGUGAUAAACUUAACAAUGUUGAGACCUAUGAGAAUCUCGUCAUCUAUGAAUAA